AUGGUCGCUUCGCACCCAUGGUCACGAGAAUUGGAAUAUCAAGCGAAUGGAUGGUCUGCUCUUGGUCGCGUUAUUGGUAGUGAUACGGAGACUCCGAUGCGAUGGUUGCAUUUUACGAUUCUACAACUGUCUCUACUUCCGUCUGGUAGCGCCAUGCUUUUGCUAGUGGCUUUAUUACUAGUAGUUCUGCAGCGCGAAGUAGUCGAUCUUCAACAAGCGCUUCAGUUUGACAGAGCAGAUUUGUCGUCUCUGAAGAAGAAGGCACGCGGAAGGGCAAUGAAGUUGACUGAACGUGAGUCUUUAUGA